ACCCCAACCCGGCUUUCCGGUAUAAAAGCGGAGUUCAGCGGUACUCGGUUGGGGAAAAUUGUACUUUCCUUCCCGGCGGGUGGUGCAGAGCUUAAAGAAAAUCUUUUUAUCCAAUCAGCACGCCAAGAAGCUUUUUCUUCAGGUCACCUCGUCGUUCAGAUCAGCCACCUAUCUCAAACCCCAAGCAGCUCUGCCUUAAUAUCACCACCUGCCAGCUUUACUCUGUAACCAAGCCAACCUAAAGCCUUCAAAAUGAUGCAGAUCAGCAGCGACUCCGCCAGCAACAAGCACUCUCUCAUCAACGUCAUGCACCGCUUCAUAGCAGCUGCCAACAACAUGGACGAGACCAUCAUGGUGCCAAGCCUGCUCCGAGACUUGCCGCUGGAGGAGCAGGCGCCCAGCGAGAUGGAGCCCAACAACAACAAUCAGGAGCCGCAGUGUCCCAACAAGCAGAGAGACAUGUACGAGCACUACCUGCUCCUCAAGUCCAUAAAGAACGACAUGGAGUGGGGCAUGCUGAAGAAGGAGAUGAGCAGCGGUGCCAGCUUCCUGGAGAUGGCGGUGAAGCAGGAAGAGCAGCAGCCGGUCACUGGAGACCUGCUCCCAGCUGACAACGCGGACCUGGAGGAUCAGUUUCACUAUCACCUCAGAGGACUGUUCGGAGUUCUGUCCAAGCUCACAACGCAAGCCGACAACCUCACCAAUAGGUACAAGAGGGAAAUCGGAGGCGGAAACUUCAUGAGAUAGAAGUCACUACUUUUUCUUUUCCACCCCCCAGACUGCUUAACUUGCACAAUGGGAUGUGUUGAGAAGGCCCCCCAUCUCUUCCUACUAGAUCUCAAUGGACAGUGAACUGACCAGGGCGACCACUUUGUGACUUCUCUCACUCCUGAGUAGCGACACUCCAACGUCCCCCACCAAAAAACAUACCUGAAACCAGUGACACCUGCACGUGUCCCUCUGCCUGAGGUCGACACUUUGUGCUUAGUGGAGGUUUAUUGAAUCUGUUCCAAGUCCAGAUGAAGCGCAGCUCUGAUUUAUGCAGACAUUGUCCCUCCCUCUUAUUUUUAUUUCGUUUUUAUUUUGUCUUUUCAUUUCAAGUAUGAUCACGGGUUUGUCACCAGAUUGUGAAUAAAUGGUCUCUGACUGUAGGAGAAGUUGAAUGCUGGUUAUUCUGUCCCUCCUUUUUUAAAAAUUUUAACGCUGAGCUGAAGGGCUCUUUACCUGCUGAGAUUUUAAUCUAUCCAACUGUAACAUGGCGUGCCUUGACUUUUGUAUACCCUCAUGCCCUGUUCAGUUACUGCCCAUUGUCUGCUUGAAUGGUUCAUCAAGGUGUUCAUGAUGAAAUGAUUUCUUUGUUUGCCCUCGGAUAUUUCAAUAUUUUUUUUUAUUUUUAUUAAAGCAGUAAAACUGAAAUAAAUAAUUGGAAACAUGA